AUGGUACCGAAAACCAUAACCGUGAUCGGCUCUCUAAAUACCGACCUUGUCAGCGUCACAGCCCGCGUCCCUUCGGGUGGUGAGACAUUAACAGGAACCUCAUUCCAUACCGGACCCGGUGGCAAAGGUGCCAACCAAGCUGUAGCUGCCGCUCGGUUAUCGAGGCCGAAUCCUCAUUCGCCGUCAACGGUGAAGAGUGGAGACGAUGUUGAAUCUGACAUUGUUGUCAAGAUGGUGGGAGCAGUUGGAAAUGAUGAAUUUGGUCCGAAGAUUAUUGCGGGGUUGAAGGAGGACGGUAUUGAUGUGGCGGGGAUCAAGGUUGUGGCGGACCAGCCUACUGGUGUGGCCGUCAUUAUCGUUGAGUCCACCACAGGCGAAAACCGCAUCAUCAUCAAUCCCGGUGCAAACUCCACCCUCCAACCCCAAUCCUUCCUCCCUCCUUCACCCUCUAUCCCAUCUCCGUUCACCCCACCCCCCAACCUCCUAAUCCUCCAACUCGAAAUUCCGCUUCCAGCUCUCCUCCAAAUCAUCACCACCGCCUCAUCCCUCACACCCCCAACACCCAUCCUCCUCAACCCCGCGCCCGCCAUCCCCCUCCCAGAAACGAUCUACCCCUCCAUAACCCAUCUCAACCUCAACGAAAGUGAAGCCGCGCUGCUUACCAACCGCUCCGUCGCAUCAGUUGAAGACCCUUCUUUCGACUGGUCAGUCGUAACUAGCGAGUUCAUCUCCAAGGGAGUGAAGAACGUCGUCGUUACACUUGGGUCGAAAGGCGCUUUUUGGGCAUCUUCUACAGCCGGUUCUGGAGAGGAUAGAAAGAAAGAUGGGUUUAAGAUCAAGAGCGGGUUCGUGCCUGCUGAGAAGGUAGCUAAGGUGGUUGAUACGACGGCGGCAGGGGAUACGUUUGUGGGUGCUUAUGCUGUUGCUGUUGUGAGGGCUGAAGGGGAAGGAGAAGGAGAGUUGGAUCUUGAUAAAGUGGUAAGAUGGGCGUGUAAGGCUAGUGCGAGGACGGUACAGAAGGAGGGGGCUCAGGGGAGCAUUCCGUGGGCGGAUGAGGUGUAG